CUGCAGGCCAUCUGGGAGCAGGAGCGCGUCCCGCUCUGGAUCAAGCCUUACAAAAUCCUGGUCAUCUCGGCGGACAGCGGCAUGAUCGAGCCGGUGGUCAACGCCGUGUCCAUCCACCAGGUGAAGAAGCAGUCCCAGCUCUCCCUGCUGGACUUCUUCCUGCAGGAGCACGGCCAGUUCACCUCCGAGGGCUUCCUCACCGCCCAGCGCAACUUCGUGCAGAGCUGCGCCGGCUACUGCCUGGUCUGCUACCUGCUGCAGGUGAAGGACAGGCACAACGGCAACAUCCUGCUGGACGCGCACGGCCACAUCAUCCACAUCGACUUCGGCUUCAUCCUGUCCAGCUCCCCCCGCAAUCUGGGCUUCGAAACCUCGGCCUUCAAACUGACCACAGAGUUUGUGGACGUAAGUGGGUGCCGCUCGAAGGGAAAGAGGGGGGGGGGUGCUGGGAAUCAACCCGAUGGGGACAUGAUUCCCUGCUCUGCGACCGUAAGGGGCAGGCUGCGUGACAGCCGUAAAUCGAGGACUCCCUACACAG